UUAAACCCAAGUUGGGGGGGUCCCCCCCUUAAACCCAAGUUGGGGGGGGUCCCCCCCUUAAACCCAAGUUAGGGGGGGUCCCCCCCUUAAACCCAAGUUUUCUUUUGGGGGGAGAAGAACAAACACCCAUAUUAAGGGGGCAUCUCAACAGUCAUGACUUGGCUCCUUCUUCAUUAAUUUAGUCCCAGUAUUUUUGUGCCACGUGGUAUUAUUCUUGACACGUCAUCAUCGUCAAAAUUUGGGUAAACAUUUGCCCCCCAAGUUUCUAGCGGUAUGACCAUACGGUAGAAACUUUCUUUGUUGUUCGAGUCUUACUUCUGUUGUUGACGGCUUGGCACAGCGGCACCAAAAAUACUAUGCCUUUACUAAAAUAAUUAAUUUUUUUUUCUUAAAAAAAAAUCAAAUAAAUAAUUCCUACUCACUAGUUUUCACAUUUUUACAAUAUAGCCCAAUAAUAAUUUCCCAAGAAAAAUAAAUUACAAGAGAAUAAAUAAAUUUCAAAGAAAUAUAACCAUUUACAAAGAAAUGACUAACAAAAAUAUAAAAAUUGCUCAUUAGCCCUCAAUGGUAGUGGAGGGUUAUAAUAGCAAUUUUGGGUUAAAAGGCCCUCUUUUUGCAAAAAUAAAAUUCCCUAUGUAAGAGAAAAAGAUGACAAACCUUCACAUUUCAAAAAAAACCAUCUUUUUCAUUUUUUGCUCUUCAUUUUUGGGGUUGGGCAUCUUCUCACCAUUGGAGGAGAUUUUGAAGCUUUGAAGUGAUUCUUGGACACUUGGUGAGAUAUUUCUUCACUAUGGAUGCGUUAUAGCGACUAUUGGGGGGGUGAACACCGAGUAGACGAAGACCUUCUUCAACUUUUGUUUGAAGAUUGUCCAGCGUCGCCCCCACACAACUCGUCUGGGGACGAGGGGCUUAGUAGUGUGUCAGAGACGCCCGACCACCUCUACCGAGAGAGAAUAGGCGGUGAAGCAUACAACAGGCAUAUUUGGGAGCUUGAAAAAGGGAUACGAUCUUAUCUGCCCCGAGAGUGGACAUACACUCUUCCCUUUGGUGAGGUCAAUAUUCCAGUAGGGGUCCCCAUCGGCCCGUCAGGGGGGUUUCCUUUGGCCGAGACUGCUAUAACCACCGCAAAACUACCUACCAUGCUGAACGCUAUGGCUCGCACUAAAAAGAAGAGUCGGGUUAGUUCUUCUAACAGUUCCCAUACGGCGGAAGUCGUUACUAAACGGAGGGUAUCUGACGAUGUUGAGGCUGAUUCUGCCGAUGGAGCCAUGGAGGAGAUAGUCAAAGAGUUUGAGAAAUGGGUGGAAGAGGAAGCCAAGAAUACCCUUUAUAAAGCCGCCAAAGAGAAAGAAACAACCAAGGGUUCCCAACCAGCUACUCUCAAAAUCAGUGAAUUCGCCCCUAAAGUGCUCAAGGAAGUUCGCACUUCCCGCUGCAAGACUAAGCAGACCCCCUUUGUGGCCCCUUCUAGCAGUCUCACCGAGACCCAACUCCAAUAUGUGGAGGAGUCGACUGUGAAUGGCAAGGACUGCCGGUUAGUACUCCCCUCUCCGAAUCAGUUGGCGCAUGACCCUGGGGAGGGGCUGUGUGCAUGGUCCCGUCGCCAUAUUACUUAUGGGGGGGCACUCCCCCUUCAUAAUUUUUUCAAAGACGUGGCUGAUUAUUUUGGCCUUAGUCCGGGGCAGUUUUCUCCCUUGGCCAUACGAGUUUUGACUGGCAUAUUUGUUUUAUAUAAGCUAAUGAGAUGGAAGUGGCCAACAGGCCAUGAGGUACACUAUCUCUUCGAUCUGAGACCGAUUAACAGCGAGUACCGGUCGGGAUAUUACGCAUUUCAGCAUGCACACAGGAAUGUCAAAUUCCUUCAUGGUAUGGAGAAAUCGUCGAAGGAACAUGAUUUCAAAACUCUCUAUUUUUUUGUGAAGGACAUUGGGACUAAACACACCAAAUUCCAAAUGGUGGACCAAUUCGAGAAGCCUUCCCCCACCAUUGCCAUGUACGAGAGAGCUCUUGCGUUAGCCCAAUUGCCUGACUAUAAGAAGGAUCUAAACAUUCUAACAUCCCUCCGGCGGAAUGCGGGAAAUCCCGCGACCCUUAGGACCUCCGCCAGUGGCACAGACAGCUAUAGCGAAAAGCACUAUGCCCGGGUCUGCUAA